AUGCACCCGCACCCGUCUGGCUCGCAUCGCAAGGGCCACAAGCGACAGAAACUGUCGGUCCUGAAUCCAAACUUCGCCUUUGCCGAUCCCGAUGAAUCCCACGAAAAGCAACCUCCCAUCUAUUCUUAUCCCACCCAUUUGGUUCCGGCAGUCUACUCGCCGCCCCCGGCUCCGUCGCUGGCUCGACAACUCCACCAUUUGCGCCACACUCGCAAUAAUCUUUCCAUUUCGUCCCACUUUAAUACCGUUUCGCUUGAUUCUCCAUUUGACGUUUCUCUGGCUCCACCGGCUCCUCCGCCUCCCACAGCGGUUCCGGAUGCCGUGGCUAACCCGUUGGUACAGUCACUUAUCAAACAGUUGCAAAACGUGGACAAUUCCAACAUCAAUACCUACCUCUUGGAGGUGACAAGAAAACUCGCAUUGAGCCUUCCUAUCGAUGAGUUCUACAACCUUUUGUUUAACGACGGCCACCCAAUUAUCGACACAAACAACAAAAUCGACCAUUCCUCUGUGGACCUGGAAAAUUUGCAACGCACAUCCCAAGCUUUGGAUCUCCUUCUUCAGUUCUUCAAAAAUCCACCUUUGCUUGCAAAAUAUUUACCGGUGUCCUCCACCCACCUUUCUAGUAUUAACUUCCACGAGCUCCAACGAACAUUCUUAGCAUUCAAGAUCCUAGAUGAGAUCCUCGUCAUUGUUCCUGGCGACCGCAACUCGCAAACCUACACCAUUCCCAGGCCGUUCAUAUACAAAGUGUACUACAUUCUUUGCCAACACUGCAUUGCCAAAUACCCCUUCUCGCAUGAUCGAGACGAAGAACAGAACCUUCUUUUGGGCCAAUCGAAGUUUGGAAAACUCUUAAAAAUUGCAUUUCCUCUGGUUAACAUCAAGCGUUUGGGCUCCCGAGGCGACUCAAAGUACCAUUUUCUCGGAGUCAAAUGGAACCCAGCAUUGGUCUCUAGCGACACCAUUAAUCUAUGUGAAGAAAAGGAGAUCUCAGACUUGAAAUUUCUAUUCACUAAUAUGGCACCAAAGCAUUCAUCUCUGGCACCUCGACCACCCAAAAAACCAAGCACUAAUUCUGAGAGCAAGUCAGUAACUCCAAUGGCUAAACCAGAAACGUUUCCAGUAGCAAAAGCAUCUGCUAUAAAAGCUAACACUCACUAUGUACCCUGGUUGGCAGAAGGGUUCUAUAGUGACAAUAUUGAGCUUCAGACUUUCUUGGACCGGUUGUAUGAUUCGUUAGAUGAGAGACUUUCAUUUCUGCUCAGGACAAGAGUUAAAACCAUCUUCGAAAAUACAAGGCUCUCGUCGGACCAGCAGUAUCUCAGCAGCGAAAUCGAGCAGAUCUUCAAGAUGGGCGAAGAAGAACAAAGAGCAUUUUAUCUCGCGCUCAUUCUUGAAAUUGCACUUGAAUCGUGGACUAUGACCGACAUUGACACCAAUAAUACCCAUUCCAAUAUUCGAUACUUUCUUCGGAACAAGUUUGUCGAAGAUAAAGACACUUGGAAUAUGAAGGUCUUUCGAUCGCUUUUGCAUCACUGGCUACACAUGAGUUCAUCUUUGACGCUGUUGGCAGAAAAGGUAGCUUAUGACGAGAGCUACCACGAGACUUUAACUGGACUACUAAAAACCGAAGUUUCACCGCUGGACAUUGAUUCAGGAAUCGGCAUUGGUUUGGCCAAGAAAAGCUUGGUCAAGGUCCUUCUUGCAUACGACUACAUUCCCCGAGAAUGUCAAGACUAUAGCGUUAGCCAGCUUCAAGAGUUCUUGGCUACUAUAGCUACACUGGUAGUGAAUCUACUCAAUGAAUUUCAGAAAAUGAGCAGGAGCGAAAACGACUCUGUUGACUUUCAAAAACAAAAAUUGUUGCAGCUCGUCAAUACCCAUCUCAUGACAACUCCUGUCAUGCGACUUCCAACCAGGGUGAUGAUAGAUUUUGUGCAAACGUUUUUUCGAGAUGCCCAGUCCAGAGUGCGGUUUGCACUAAAUCGACAAAAAGCCGAAAACGAUCAACUAUGGUCCAUUACCACACUCAUUCAUGAAUAUUUAAGUUUUACCGGGGAAUUGUCAGGUUUGAUUACCCACCAUUAG